GCUUGGCCGCCAGCGAGCAUCGAGCCGGGCUGGGAGGGCAGAUGAUGUGAUGUGAUCCAAUACGGGCGGCCGGCUGCAGCUACGGGCGGACUGGCACUUAAAAGCGGCUGUCGACCUCGGCCCUGUUCACUAGGCUACUGUGUGUGCGUGUGUGUGUCGUCGUCGUGGGAGUGGAGGUGCAGAAGCCCGGAGGCUGACCGAAGCGCUCUAUCACGGCCGUGUAUUUCCAUUCAGCCAUGAUGUCAGUACAAACCCCUCCUCUCUCCCGCUCUGGCUCCUCCCCCUCUAAUGUGGGUCUGGCCAAUCGCGGUGGCUCCUCCGCCACCCCUCCCACCUCCCUCAGCCUACGGUCCUCAUACAAUCAGUUGCUUGGGCGAGAUGUCAUCAAGGAGUCCAUUGAAACCGGAAGUUCGGCUACGUUGCCAAAGAGCCGUCAGAGGUACGCCAUGACCAGUGUGCGGAGCGCCAUGGGGAUCAGUGACAACUUAACCUCUAAAAACCAACCUGUAACCAGAGGGAGAGGUCUCCCCACCAAGUCCUCCUCUAGCUCUGCCCUCUACUCCUCCUCGUCCUCCUCCUCGCUGUUUAAUACAACCAACCCCAAACUGGCCAAGAAUGGGGCCAACAUGCAAAGACGAGCUGAGAGUCAGCAGCUGGAGCUGAGCAGGGCCAAUACAGAGGGCAAAAUACACAACGAUCUCAUCAAUAAUCCCAGUUCUGACUGGCUGGAGCUUGGAAAAGACAACUCACAACUGCCCCCGUUCCGCAGGAGGACCAAGAGCUUCUUGGAGUACCAUGGGAAGGGCUGGGAUCUGGACCUCAACUGGGGAAACAAAGUUGAGGACAAGGAGGAGGAGAAGAAGCAGCAGCCUUCCCCAGAGAAGGAGCAGGCCAGCCCUGCCAAAGAGAGGGAGAGCCAGAAGGAGGAGAAGCCCAGCAGCAAGCAGACCUGCCAGGAAGAGAAGGAAGAGGUGGAGCCAGUGGUGGAGGAGGAGGAAGAGGAAGAUGACCCUACACCCACACCAAGGCAGCCCCUGCUACCUGUGGUGGUGGAAGCCCCGCUUUCCCCCACAUCCUCCUCCUCUACCAACAGCCCAGAGUGGGUCCCAGACAACCAAAACCAUCUCCAGAACCAGACUCCAGCCCAGGUGAGAGAGGAGCUCUGUGCCCAGGUUCAGACUAGUCCACGCAGUCCUGCAAAGCCUCCUCGGAGCUCCCAGCCCCGGGUGAUCAAGGUUGAGCUGCACCCUAACAAUGAGAACCAGUUCCUGCAACAGUACCCGCCUUCUUCCCCUAAGCAGGCCCGGGCUGCAGAGAGGAACACCCCAACCAGGAGCCGAGCGCCACCUGCCCUGCAAGAGCCUGAACCAGAGACUGGGCUGCCUAAAGUGGGCUUAAGAAUGGAUCUGACUCCUGAAACUCCAUCAGAGGAUGAAGACUCCAGCUGGACCACCCUGUCUCAGGAGACACCCUCUCCUCAAACUCCACGGGAAACAGCAGAUGUGUGGGGUGAGGGGGACCUGCCCCCGGGCUGGCGGGAGAUCUCAGACUCAUCAGAGAUCUAUUUCUGGCACAUCCCCACUGGCACCACACAGUACCACCGACCUGUUGCCUCCGGCAACCAACACACCUCUCCCAACAACGAGCCAGACACUGAGCACGACCCACAACAGGAAACACAGGACUCUCUGAAGCCACCCAACGAGCGCCCCAGCAGUCUGAUAUCUGACAGCUCGGUGGAGCCGGUCCCCUCACCCUCUGGCUCCUCCCAGUCCUCCUCCUCCUCUUCCUCCUCCUCCACCCCCUACAAUGAUGUCACCUCUUCUGGACCAAAUCUCAACACCAACACCUGUACAGCCAACGAGCUGAAAGACUAUCCAGUCUAUCCAGAUCCCAGUCUGAAGGCGUUUGAAGGGGCUACCCUCCGCUACGCUUCACUUAAACUCAACCCCCCAGCCCAGUUAGAGACAGUGGACCUCAACAACACCUUCCCUGAUCCAGAGGCAAUGUCAUUCCCAGUGCGAUCUCUGGGCUGGGUGGAGAUGGCAGAACAGGACCUGUGUGAGGGGAGGAGCAGUGUGGCUGUCCACCACUGUAUCAGACAGCUGUCCUACUGCAGGAGGGACAUACGGGACUCAGCCGGUGUCUGGGGAGAGGGUAAAGGGAUGCUGCUGGUGCUUCAAGACCGCAUGUUAACUCUGGUGGACCCGGACGAUCGCAGCCUGCUUCACUCUCAGCCAAUCAGUAGCAUCCGUGUCUGGGGGGUCGGCCGAGACCACGACAGGGACUUUGCCUACGUGGCGAGAGACAAAAACACGCGGGUGCUGAAGUGCCACGUGUUCCGAUGUGAUACUCCUGCCGCUGCCAUCGCCACAAGUCUCCACGAAAUCUGCUCCAAGAUUAUGGCUGAAAGGAAAAGUGCCAAGGCUGCAGCUGGCAGCUCCUCCCAGACCGGCUCCGAUGUACCCCUACAAGAGUUUCCCAUGCCAAAGACUGAGUUGGUACAGAAGUUUCAUGUGCUGUAUCUGGGUAUGACGUCUGUGUCUCGGCCCAUAGGUAUGGACAUCAUAAAUGGGGCCAUAGAAAACCUCCUGACCUCCACAGGCAAAGAGGACUGGACUCCUGUCAUAUUGAGUAUUGCUGACACCACUCUGGCUGUCAUCAAAGAAAAGGAAGAGGAUGAGGAGGUGCUGGUGGAGUGUCGAGUCCGUUUCUUGUCCUUCAUGGGCGUGGGACGAGAUGUGCACUCAUUUGCCUUCAUUAUGGACACUGGGAGCCAGCAUUUCCAGUGCCAUGUUUUCUGGUGCGACCCCAAUGCAGGCUGUGUGUCUGAGGCUGUGCAGGCAGCCUGUGUGCUGCGGUAUCAGAAGUGUCUGGUGGCACGGCCGCCCUCCCAACGUGCUGGCUCUUCUUCCUCGCCCUCUGCAGACUCUGUGACCCGCCGGGUGACCACCAGCGUAAAACGCGGCGUCCAGUCUCUCAUAGACACUCUGAAAACCAAGAAACAGCCGUCCGAGCUCCCCCAACAAUGACCGUCACCACGACAGCACCCACCCCCCCAACCGACGCCUUGACGCCUCUCACACACUAUCGCCACAACAACACCUAAUCAGUACCAGCCAUGGUAACCAAUGAUGUACAUAUAUGUUAACAAACACCACCGCAAACAAAGGAAAGAAGAAUCCUUCGGGACGCCUGAUGAUUAAAAAAAAUGCAAAGAAAACUCUGUUUUAUGAGGAGGAAUGGAAGAGUUGGUGUCACUGGUUAAACUUGCAAGUGGAAACCACCUGCUGGCUUCAUUGGCCCAUACUGUAUGUGGGCUGGAUGGAUUACUUGAUCAAGCACUCUACAGAUGAAAACAGGAUAACCAAGAAGAAAAGAAAAACAUUUCUAUUAACAGACUAGAACCAUUCAUUGGUUUACUCCAUUUUCUGUCAUGCUCUGUCCCUUCUUGUAAAAACAGUCUUCAGCACAGUUUGAGCUUCUGGACAGGACGCCUGAGACGCCAUGCUAAGGGAGCCUUCCAGGACAGAGAAGGUGUCGACUUGCUGUCAUGAGAUUUUAACAGGUGAAUAAGAAAAGAAACAGACAGGACAGAUAAGACCUGCCAACUCCCUCCCUUUCACGAAAUGGCAAAAAAAUGUUUUGACUCCUUCGAUGUGCGUCAGACUUGAAACAAACAAAAACAUCUCUUUCAAGGAUGAAUGAAGUGAUUGUAAUAAUGAAGUGUAUGUAAAUGAUUGUAAGAAGGAAGAGAGAAUUUAGGUCACAAAACAUGUAGAUAUGAGGAAGAGAUGUUGGUGACAGAUGGGACAGAUGUGGGAUUUGAUUUUGCAUGUUUUCUUGAUGGGAUAUGUUUUAUGUUGAUGAGGGGUCUCGGUAAGAAGACUGGUGAACACACGAGAAAUAGAUGCUCUUAGCACAAGUCAUCUCCACUUGACCAUGACUGGAUUUACACUGGUAAAAAAAAAAGAGGCUUAUUUCCGACCCAGUAUACAUGAAUAAAUGGUUAUUCUCUCCCCCAUUUCAAAAUCACAAUUAAUGAUUGUCAGUCAAUAAUUUUUAUUUUUCAUUCCUUGAUGGAUGAGUAGAUCAGCAUAAGAAUGGUAUCAGUUAUUCAUGUAUUUUGAAGCUUUUAAUUAGAUAAGAUUGUACUUUUUUUGCAUACUUUAUAGAAAAACAGAGUUUAAAUGCUCAAGAAUGUUACAUUGCUUAUGUUCAAACGUUACAAUUUCCUCAGGAAUCUUUACGCAUACACCCAAGAUUUAUGUGGUAGCAAGAAAUUCCAGGAUUUCAAUUUGGCAGAUGUGAGGCAUUAAUGGCUAUAUGAACAGUGGUACACCCUAAUGUUUGCCCUGCUUGGACAGCAUGGAAAAGAUCAAAUAUGUGCAUUGCAGAAAGGGUAACUAUUUUCUCUUCCUCAGUAAAUCCAGCCAGUCUAUUCCCACUCACAAAGAAUACACACACACACAAACAUGCACAUACAGCAGCAAAAAAGGCUGCUGUCACUGCUUUCAAAACCUUUACACUGCUCCUAUGGCUCCUGGCCACCACCUGCACUCCACAUGAACUCUGUCAAUGCAGUCGGAUUGAGAUGAAAAAGACACACACACAAAACAAACAAGAAAGAUGCUGUAAAUCAUUUCAGUUUUGUUCUUCACUCAUCUCUACACCAUGUAAAUGUAAUCUGUUGUGACAAUAAAUGCAUUACCAAAAGAAAAA